AUGAGACAUAUUCUGGCAGGUUUGGUGCUCUCGGGCACGCUUGCUGCCCGUGCGUGGGCUGCACAACUAACUAACAUCCAUGGUGUUAAUCUGGGUUCAUGGUUGCUCCUAGAGCCAUGGAUGCUUCCUCAAGAGUGGUUGGAUAUGGGUGGACAGUCAUGUGCUAAUGAUUGUUCGUCAUGCAUUUCAACCGAGUCGUCGUUUGCAAAGGCGUAUCCCGACACCGUCGACACUACAUUCGCUAAACACUGGGACACGUGGUUUACGCAGGACCAUGUCAAUACGCUGAAGGCGGCCGGUAUUAACACCGUCAGGGUUCCUCUGGGAUAUUGGAUUGUGGAGGCCUUAGUCGAUAGGUCGCACGAAUCAUACCCUCGGGGUGGUCUCGAGUACUUGCGUCGGGGCUUGGGCUGGCUGCAAGAUGCCGGGAUCCAAGCGAUCCUGGAUCAUCACGCAUUACCCGGGGUUCAAACAGCUGGACAAAUGUUCACCGGAAAUUGCACUUCCGAUGUUCAAUUCUACACUCCGUAUAAUUAUCACCGUGCGCUGGUGUGGACAGCGGUCAUGACUGCACUUUCUCACCUGGACCCUACUUUUGGAAGCGUCUUUGCGAUCGAGGCAAUCAAUGAACCCAUUAUGAACGCGACUCUGACACCCGGCUAUGGCAACUUCCAAAAGAACUUCGUCCAGGUGAUCCGUGCAGUUGAGCUCAUACUCGGAAUAUUUGUGCCAUCAUCCAGUUUAUCAGUAUCAGUAUCACCGUCCGUCUCGAACAACUUCACGGCUGCAUUGAGUGCGACAUCUUCCGAAACCACAUUCCCGGUGGAGGUGCAAACGGCACUUUCAGAAGCCGUUCCGAUUUUACUAGAAAUCGGAGUAGCGUUCGAUUUGCAGACCAUAUUCGAAGCAUCACCCUUCCAUCAGUCCCGUCCUCCACUGGUGACCAACUUCAUGGAUGUGAACUGGCAGUACGAUAACCCCUCUAAUCCAGCUGACGCGGCGAUUGGCCCCCAAGCUUACGACAACCAUUUGUAUUACUCGUUUGGUGGAGUUGCGGCUGCUGACCCGAGGUCUUACCUGAUCAGUAUCUGCAAUCUUACACGUAUCCAGGCCGAUGCAGCGGUCGGCAAUUCUCCACUCUGGUUCGGAGAGUGGGGACUUUCGACGCAGUUCAAUGCCACGGACGAGUUCCUCUACAAGUGGGCCGAUGCACAGAAGUUGGCCUACAGCAAAGGUGCCGGAUGGAUUUACUGGAACUUCAAAACUGAGAUAUCAACCCUCACCAAUGGAAGUGCACUCGCAAGGCAAUGGUCUUACCUCGAGGGGUUAAAACUCGGGUUCUUGACCCAGGACCCUGCGGCGUACCACGAUCCGGACGUGUGCGGUCCAUACAUAAACAGCACUACUAACAGCGCAAGUUCAUGAUGUGCGUUCUUGGUACCUAAUAAGCGAGGGUGCAGAGCGCACCUAUAUUGAUCCCUGCUGACCUACCAUUCUUUUGUCGACAUUCCUUACUGAUUCCUUAGAAUGAUUAGUGCUAGUUUUCCUAGGUUUGCUAUUCUAAGAAAAUUGGUCUCAGUUGGACCUGAGCUCACUAGUCUAGUACAAAUUAUAGGAAACUAGC